AACACACACAGACACACACACACGGUCCGUCUGUGGCUCAGUCAGACAGACGGGACAGAGCCGGUGAUGAUGUUUGUGACGACGGCGGCGCUGCUGCUCGGACUCACCGUGUACGCUCGGACAGAUGUAGCUCCGCCCACCGUGACCGUGAACCUGGCCGAGCCCCCCGAGCAGCGCUGGACGGUCCUGCUGAAGGUCUUCGAUCUCAGCUUCCUGAAGAAAGCUGCUGCGGACGUCAUCGACACUACAGUUCCAAAAUGGGUGCAUCAUGCUAUAAAACCUGUUGUGAUGGCCUUAGAAAAAUACAUUCCUCAGCCUUAUGCAGGUGAAAUCCGUGGAAUGGCUUCACAGUUUGGAGGAAGCCUUUCAGAUGUCAUCAUUCUCAACUUUGCCUAUGAAAUAUCUGCAUUUUGUACGAGCAUCGUAGCACAGGACACAAAUGGGCAUGUGUACCAUGGCAGAAAUCUUGAUUAUCCACAUCCUGUUUUGAGGAAUCUGACUGUCAACAUCAUCUUUCUCAAGGAUGGAGAGGAAGUAUACCGUGGGACAUCAUUUGCUGGCUAUGUUGGCUUGUGGACGGGUCAGAGUCUGAACAAGUUUACAAUCUCUGGUGAUCAACGAGGUAGUGAACACUGGAGCAACUGGUGGAAAAAUGUGGUGUCUGCUUUCCUACUAAGGAGAUCCCCAGUAAGCUGGCUGGUGAGAGAGACACUGGAGGAAGCAGAAAACUUUGAAGAUGCAGUUAUGCGUCUUUCCAAAAUCCCCAUUAUCACUGAAGUGUAUUACAUCGUGGGUGGGCUGCAACCAGGUGAAGGGGCUGUGAUUACCAGAGACAGAUCAGGCCCUGCUGACAUCUGGCCACUGGAUCCCGUGACUGGAGGAUGGUACAGAGUGGAGACAAACUUUGACCACUGGCUUCCUCCUCCUGGCCGGGAUCAUCGAAGAGAAGCAGCCAUCAAAGCAUUAAAUGCUACUGGCCAAGACCACAUCAACAUGAAGACACUUUACCAGAUUUUGUCGGUGUAUCCUGUGUGUAACAGAGGUACUGUUUACACAACAAUAAUGAGCGCUGAAAAAACUGAGAAGUAUACCACUCUUGUCAGGCCACAGGGCUGCCUCAAAUCCAGCUGAGCUACCAAGAACGGAGCAAGCCAACUUCACAACAUGACGAGCUAACCAGGGUUAUCUUCCAGUUAUUAAGUGAACAGCGUCAGAGCCAGCUAUGAAACUACCAGCACUGUUAAAGCCAUACAUUUUGGGUAUAUUAAGUGGUCAUUUAAAAAAUGUCUUUCUCCAAGGUAUCUUUGAAAUCAGCCAAUCUGAUGGGUUGCUGCCUUUACUGGAGCUGCCUGGUGUUGCACAAACCAGGUUGUCAUUCUGUGAGUGUCCAGGUGUGAAUAAGGCCCCGUCCACAUGUACAUGGGUGUUUUGGAAAAUGUAGCUCUUUUAUGAACAAGAUACAGCCAACAAUAUCUACAUAACAGGAAAUCACAAAAGAUACAACUCACAGACUAGGUACGCAUCCAUCGUGUUUAUUGUUUGCAUGAGAUGAUUUUCUGCAAUUGUGGAAAUAGCCAACGCCCCCGUCACAUAUAGUAAGAAUGUGCUGGAACCAUGCCCGACACAGCAAAUAUUGCCAUAAUCCAUCGCAGUCGGGAGGAAAAGAGGCGUUGUCAGCAAUAUGGAACGCAGACAGACUGCCU